GCGUCGUUGAAGAUGGUGUUUUUGCUUCUUGCUCUUAUCCCGCUCGUUCUCUCAUUUCUCUAUUUCCCGCAGACAGAGCAUGUGAAUCACAUUCUUACUUCUAGGGGUUCACAGACACCUCCGCGCCUAUUGUUGCUGACAGCGCAUCCCGAUGACGAGAGUUUCUUUUUCUCUCCCACUAUACUGUCCCUACUGGAGGGAACGGAUGGAAUUGUGCCAGAAAUUUUCUCCUUGUGCUUAUCCAACGGCGAUGCGGAUGGACUUGGAAAGAUAAGGGAGCAAGAACUUGCUGACAGCUUGGCUAUACUCGGUGUAGAGCAAGGGAAGCACUGGGUCCUUGACCAUCCUGAAUUGCAGGACAACAUCACGCUGACCUGGGAUGCUGAAGUUAUUGUUGAAGUUAUACAACCUUUCGUUACCAGCAAUCAAAUCACCGCUAUCUUGACCUUUGAUUUUCAAGGGAUCUCUUCUCAUCCCAAUCAUCGCUCUCUGCCUGCUGGUGCCUUGCAUCUUAGACGAAAUUUUGUUUCCGGCACAAAUCAAACUGCUCCUAGAGUCUGGUCAUUGGUUACGGUUCCGCUACUUCCGAAAUAUACCGGCCUUUCGUCCGCCGUCUUAGAGAAGCUGAAGAUACUCCUUCGGAAAGCUUCGGCUAAGGAUGGAGUCCUCGCUGUGGACGCUGCAAACAACCCCAAGUUCGUCUCAGGCCUCAGCGAAUAUGUCAUUACUGCGCGCUCCAUUCUUGCCCAUGCAUCGCAAAUUGUUUGGUAUCGACGUCUGAACAUGCUUUUCUCGAGGUACAUGUGGGUCAAUGAAUGGAUUGAACUGUAGGCCUGCUCCAUAUCUGGCGUAGUAAAUCGUCUUUGUCACUGGAAUAUACAGCGUCGCGUCCAUGUCGUUAGCAUUGCGAAUUGGGCUGGUAAUACUUGACAUCCUCGCUGAACAAUUUCCUCGUAAAACAUGCAC